AUGUUGGACGAACUGAUCGCCAGUGUAUGCCCUCCUUCUUCAGAGGAAAAUUUCGAUGAGAUGAAAUAAAAUCAAGGAAAAAAUGAUAGAAAUUAAUAUCAAAUAGCUCCAAAAGCUCCUAAGCUUGAGUAAAAUUCUUAUAUAUAAUAAAUAUCUAGACCUUAAGCAAAGUUUUUUAGAUUAGGAGACAAACCACACUUCGAGCUACCAGAGUCUUAGAUCUUCAGAAGAUUGAGUGGUCAUUAAGCUGAGGACAGAGAAGAUAUUAUUAACUAAACCAAUAAAAUUAAUGUUUCUGAAAAACAGCAAAUGCUAUUUUCCAACGAUUCAAAGUCUUAGAUAAGCAAUCCAGUUAGAAAUUAUCUUUUCAAUAAUGAAGACAUUAGUAAUGAAAGUCAUAUUCUCUCAGAAUAUGAAAUGAUGUCAUUCGGAAACUUUCUGGAAGAGGGUUUUGAUUUUGAAGACUUUAUUUCUAGUUCAACUACUGAAAAGCAAGAAUUAUUGCUCAAGAAUAUAUAGUGA